UAAUGUUUGAAUGUUUUUACACUCCUUUUUUUAUACUCGGCUUUUCUGUUCUGCUCUGUGUGCGUGAUGUGAUGAAACGUCAAUAAGACGUCAAGCCAGUGGUGAAAUCGUAAAUGAUUUUUUGGAAUUAUUUUUUUUUAAUUGUUUUUUUUGUAAGUUUGAAAUUUGUAACAGUUUUACGAUGAUAAGAUAUCGUGGAAAGAAAAAAGUGUUGGAAAAAGUGAAAGAAUUGGACGCAUUCCCCAAGGUGCGUGAAGAAUACGUGGACAGCACGCCGGUCGGUGGCACUUUUUCUGUAAUUGCUUUUUUUAUUAUUUUGUGGUUAAUUUACAGUGAAGCUAGUUAUUAUCUUGAUAGUAAUUUAGUUUUCAAAUUUAUGCCCGACACGGAUAUGGAUGAAAGACUCCAGAUUAAUAUAGAUAUUACGAUUGCGAUGCCAUGCUCAAAUAUCGGAGCUGAUAUAUUGGAUUCUACGUCACAGAGUGUUUUUGGUUUUGGGGAAUUGCAAGAAGAGGAUACGUGGUUCGAGUUAUCCCAAGAACAACAAGAUGCAUUUGAUGCAGUCAAGUAUUUAAACUCAUACCUGAGAGAAGAGUAUCAUUCAGUUUGGCAAUUGCUUUGGAAAAAAGGCCAUGGUUCUGUUCGUGCUACUAUUCCAAUUAGAAAUAGCAAACCCAAUAGAAGACCAGAUGCUUGCAGGUUACAUGGGGUUCUUAUUCUGAAUAAAGUUGCUGGCAAUUUCCAUAUAACGGCUGGCAAAAGUCUACAUCUUCCAAGAGGGCAUAUCCACUUAAAUAUGUUAUUUGAUGAUACUCCUCAAAAUUUCAGCCACAGAAUACAUAGGCUUAGCUUUGGUAGUCCAGCUAAUGGUAUAAUAUAUCCACUUGAGGGUGAUGAAAAAAUUACAACUGAUGAAAACAUGUUAUAUCAAUAUUUUGUUGAUGUUGUGCCUACAGAUAUAGAUACAGCAUUUGAAUCUAUCAAAACAUUCCAAUAUUCAGUAAAAGAGUUAGAAAGGCCGAUAAGCCAUGCAAAAGGCUCACAUGGUGUGCCCGGGGUAUUUUUUAAAUAUGACAUGGCUGCAUUAAAAGUCAAAGUAUUCCAGGAAAGAGAGCAUUUUUUAAAAUUUAUGUUAAGACUGUUUUCAAUAAUUGGUGGAAUUUAUAUUGUGAUUGGUUUUAUUAAUACUAUAGUUUUGUCUAUAAAGGCACAUCUAAAUGAAAGUAGUCCUAAAACUUCAAUAGCUAAAUAUUUUGUAGAGCCAAAAAUAAAAUUAGCACAAUCUAAUCCUUUGUUGAUAACACCAGAAUUAAAUGUUCCUGUAGAAUUAGUGAAACAAUGAUAGUAGAUACUUUUUAGUUUUAAGUUUACCAUAAGCUUCUAUUGUAUAUAAGAGAUUAUGUAUAUUUAUAAUUCUUGAAAGUAAUUGUAAUUAAUUUUGGUAAUUUCUAUAGUGUUAAUCUGCUUU